UUUAGGUACGGAUAGAUCCAGUCGAUGUUUUGAUACUUUUUCAAGCUGAUGAUUUGAAAUCAUCUGACUGCAUUGUUUGUUAUCUGUGAAAAAUAUUAAUUGUAAUACAAAUUUGAGUGAUAUGUUCCUGUAAUUUAAAUACGUAGAACGUAAAAAGUGAAAGGUUGAAUUAAAUUUUAAUUUGUUGAGUAGGUUUUCUUUGUCUCAAACAGCUGUUUAAUUCGUCAUUUAAGAUAAUAAAUUUAAGGCAACAAAACUGGAGAUGCUUGCUUCGUCCGUAGGAAGUAAUAACAAUGAUCCAGAGACGAUACCAAUUACAAAUCCAAAUCGACAAAAUUCAUCAGUUGUCAGGCGAUUAACGAACAUUUUCAGAACUAGACAGCAGCAAGAUACAGUUGAGAAUGAAGGAUAUGUCGAAUUUGGAGGAAUUAGCAAUCAAGAUAAUGGAAAUACAAAUAGUUCAGGCCAACAGAGGACAUUGGGAACAUUUAGUGGGUGUUUUGCUCCAGUUUCAUUAUCAAUGUUUUCAGCACUAGUCUUUAUUCGUGUUGGAUUUCUCGUUGGAAACGCCGGACUUUAUGUGACCUUGUUACAAUUUGGUAUAGCUUACGUCAUUCUCUUCUUCACUGUAUGUUCAGUUUGUGCUAUCUCAACGAACGGUGCAAUUCAAGGCGGUGGUGUUUAUUUUAUGAUAUCAAGAACUCUCGGACCAGAAUUUGGUGGUGCUAUUGGAAGCUUAUUCUUCCUAGCAAAUGUUGUUGGCUCUGGUUUGGCAAUAACUGGAUGUGUUGAAGGAUUAAUUCAGAAUCUUGGCAAAAAUGGACUUUUACUUCCAGAGAAUUCGCUAGGCUUACUAGAAGAUGGUCAUUGGUAUCGAUUUGGAUAUUGUACAAUUGUCAACACAUUAAUCCUCAUCGUAGUGCUAAUUGGUGCUCAAAUGUUUGCCAAAACUUCAGCAUUCAUUCUGGGAAUUGUUGUUGUCUGUCUGUUCUCAACAUACGUAAGUUUCAUCACAAAAGGAGAAAUGAAUGUGACAAUACCGCCUGAAAAUACUCUAUUAAAUCGGACGGAAUUUCCAGAUGGUCUUGUUUAUACUGGACUUUCUAUGAAGACAUUACAAGACAAUUUGUAUCCUAGUUAUGGACAAGAUUACACAUCAGGUGGAAGUUAUGUUAAUUUUGCUAUUGUCUUUGGUGUGCUGUUUUCAGGUGUAACUGGAAUUAUGGCAGGCGCAAACAUGUCAGGAGAAUUAAAAAAUCCAUCAAAAUCGAUUCCAAGAGGCACACUCUCAGCUGUCGUAUUCACAUUCUUCUGUUAUAUGGCGCUGUCAUUGUUGAUUGCUGCAACGUCACCGUCGAUUUUAUUGAGAAACAACUUCCUCUAUCUCGUACCCGUAAACAUAUUUCCAGUAUUUGUUUCGGUUGGAAUCUUGACAGCGACAUUUUCGACAGCCUUAAGCAAUUUAAUUGGCAGUUCACGUGUUUUGGAAGCGCUCGCAAAAGACCAGGUUUACGGAUCAUUUUUCAAUUUUAUUGUUAAAGGCACACAUAAUGGAAAUCCAAUAUUGGCUGUAAUUACAAGUUGGGUGCUUGUAGAAGCGAUUCUAUUAAUCGGAAGUUUAAACACGAUUGCACAAAUUAAUUCUGUGUUGUUUAUGUUGAGCUAUUUGGCAACAAAUCUCGCCUGUUUGGGAAUUGAAAUAACAGGCGCAAUUAACUUUAGACCAACAUUUAAAUAUUUCACAUGGCAUACAGCAUUCGUUGGACUUGUUGGAACUCUGAUAAUGAUGUUUGUCAUCAAUCCAAUUUAUGCGUCAUUAAGUGUAAUUUUGUGUCUGAUUCUCGUCAUUGCUCUACAUUUAUUUUCGCCUGCUGCUCAAGGCGCACAAUGGGGUUCAAUUUCUCAAGCUUUAAUGUUCCAUCAAGUACGCAAAUAUCUACUUAUGUUGGAUUCAAGAAAGGAUCAUGUUAAAUAUUGGCGUCCUCAAAUGCUUCUUCUUGUGUCAUCACCACGCUCAUGCUGUCCAUUAAUUCAUUUUGUUAAUGAUAUGAAGAAGGGUGGCUUGUAUGUAGUUGGUCAUGUAAAAGUUGGUGAAUUUAAGGACAAUGAAGUUGAUCCAAUAGUUGAUGAAUAUUCACAAUGGCUGUCAUUAAUUGAUCAUAUGAAAGUUAAGGCAUUUGUGGAACUGACAUUGUCUAAGACUGUUCGCGAAGGAAUUCAGCACUUGACGAGAAUAUCAGGAAUGGCUGCAAUGAAGCCAAAUACAAUAAUUUUAGGAUUUUACGAUGAAGAAGCUUGCGUUGACUUUUUUGAUGAUGACGGUUCCCCAUAUCAGACUAAUAAAUUUUCUAGUUCCAAUACUGGUGUUCUAUUUCCAUUCCGUAAGAAGAAUGAAAUUAAGUCACUCAGUCCUGAAGAAUAUGUUAGCAUUGUCGGCGAUAUUUUGAGAAUGAAGAAGAAUGUCUGUUUGUGUAGACAUUUCCAUAGACUUAAUAAGAAGACAAUUGCCACAUCAAAUCAUAUUAAAUAUAUUGACUUAUGGCCAAUUAAUAUUUUUGAUCCAUCAAAUGAGAAUCCAUUCGAUAUGGCUUCACAAUUUAUGAUGCAACUUGCUUGUAUCAUUAACAUGCUACCUGUCUGGAAGAAUCUACAAUUAAGAGUCUUCUUAUGUGAAACUGGUGAUAAUGAACAACAACCGUUUGAACGACCUGCAGAAUUUCGAUUAAGUCAAUUACUUGGACAAUUGAGAAUCCCGGCAACAAUUCAUCAAAUUCCUGAAUGGAAAAAUAGCUCUGAAACGCCUAGAAAUCGUACACUUUUAAGGAACCUGACACGUAAUUCGGAAAAUGACACGUCACCAAUGACUGAAGAGAAUCUCAAUAGAAUGAAACUUUACAUGCAACGCAUCAAUCAAAUAAUCCGUGAUCAUUCAAACUCAACUGCUGUAACAUUCAUGUAUCUUCCACCUCCGCCAAAUAUCUCGAUGAAUUUCAGAACAAAGUGUGUUAAUUAUUUGGAUCUCUUGAGUGAAUUAACAUACGAUUUACCUCCAACCCUUCUCGUGCAUGGCUUAAGCACUGUGACAAAUACGUCAUUAUAAGCAGUGAUGAUUAUUUUAUGAUAGCACCAUGACCACAAUGAUUCGUAAAGUAUUUCUUCCUUUAACAAAGAUUAUCUCUCAUUUUUUACACAUUUAUUCCUAUUUAAUAAUAAAUUAGUGCUUAUUUACACUAUAAAUUUAAAUCAAUUAUAUUAGCAAGAUUAAUGAUGAAGCUGAACACAAGCAAAACAAAUUAAUUAAUUAAUUAACAUUUUAUUGAUCUUUUGUGUCUACUUUUAAUAAUGAAACGAUGAAUUUAGUAGAAAUUGUUGCAAUUAUCGACGUAUAGAACAAAAGAAGAUUGAGAUUUAUGAUGAAUUUAUAUAUUUUUAUGAGAUGUUGUGAAAACCUGUAGAACAGAUAUCGGAUGUACGAUAAUAUUUCACUUACUUUUUAAAUUCACAAAAAACAACUAUUUUGAUAUGAAAACCUGAACGUAAAUUGAAAUUUGUACAUUUACAUUCCUAUACAUUAUCAUCUAUGAUGUUAUACUAAAAGAUCAAUUAAUAAACAUAUUUAUUCAUGUGAUUGCAAUGAC